UCCCCCCAUUCUCCAUUCCCUCCCUCCUCGCCGAGCAGCAGUGGGUGCGAGCAGCUUAAGGAGCAGCCGCCGCCGCCUGGAAGGAGCGCGCAGGAGACACCGAACAGGUGGCUAGAGGCAGGGAGAGCGAGCCUCUCGGGGCUGGGGAGCGAGCGAGUGGAAGAGAGGCAGCCGCCGCCGCCGCCGCGCUGAGCAUGCCAGCCUAAGGGCCGCCCGCGCCGGCAGCGUCUCCGCUCCUCUAGCGCGCUCGCCGGCUCUCCCCGCUGAGCUCGGGAAGCGCCUGUUGUGCAGCCUCCCCCACCCCCACCCAAGCUCACCCGACCCCUCCUCUCCCCCGGGCUCAGUCCCGCAGCUCGCUCUCUCUUACACACACACAUACACACGCUCACACCGUGCAACUGUGUGCCACAACAUUGCACUGGGCGGAGACGUUACACCGCCUCCUCCUCCUUUUCCUCCUCCUCCUCCUCCUCCCGCGGAGUUGUCGCUUUGGGGAGGGGGUUUGGGGAGGAGGGAGGGGGCCCCCAGAGACCAGAGCGGAGGGACCGCGGCGGCGGCUGCGACAGCGGCAGCAUGAAAGUGACCGUGUGUUUCGGGCGGACCCGGGUGGUCGUACCGUGUGGAGAUGGGAAUAUGAAAGUUUCCAACCUCAUCGAACAAGCGGUGACUCGUUACAAGAAGGCCAUCGCCAAGGAUCCAAGUUAUUGGAUAAAAGUUCAUCGUUUGGAGCAUGGUGAUGGUGGGAUCCUUGAUCUUGAUGAUACCCUCUGUGAUGUAGCUGAUGACAAAGACAGACUGGUCGCUAUAUUUGAUGAACAAGAUCCACACCAUGGAGGUGAUGGCACCAGCGCGAGUUCUACUGGCACUCAGAGUCCAGAGAUUUUUGGCAGUGAGCUUAGCGCCAACAAUGUUUCAGCCUUUCAGCCCUACCAAGCAGCAAGUGAAAUUGAGGUCACGCCUUCCGUUCUUCGUGCAAAUAUGCCUCUUCAUGUACGACGAAGCAGUGACCCUGCAUUAAUUGGCCUUGCAACCUCUAUCAGUGAUAAUAAUUUUUCCUCUGAAGAGCCAUCACGGAAAAACCCCACACGCUGGUCCACAACAGCUGGUUUCCUCAAGCAAAACACUUCUGGGAGCCCUAAUACUCGUGAUAGAAAGAAAGAUGAAAACUACCGAAGCCUUCCACGGGAUACUAGUAACUGGAAUAACCAGUUUCAGAGAGAUAAUGCUCGUUCAUCAUUGAGUGCCAGUCAUCCCAUGGUGGACAAGUGGUUGGAAAGGCAAGAACAGGAUGAAGAUGGGACGGAGGAGGACAAUAGCCGUGUAGAACCAGUUGGACAUGCUGAUACUGGUUUGGAGAAUGCCACUAAUCUUUCACUGGAUGAUAUGGUAAAGCUCGUAGAAGUCAACAACAACGGUGGAGGGCCUCUGGGAAUCCAUGUAGUGCCUUUCAGUGCUCGAGGCGGAAGAACUCUGGGGUUAUUAGUGAAACGACUGGAAAAAGGUGGUAAAGCUGAACAAGAAAACCUUUUUCAUGAGAAUGAUUGUAUUGUCAGCAUUAAUGAUGGAGAUCUUCGCAACAGAAGAUUUGAACAAGCAAAAGAUAUGUUUCGCCAAGCCAUGUGUGCACCCAUCAUUUGGUUUGAAGUGGUCCCUGCGGCAAAGAAAGAACAAUAUGAACAACUAUCUCAAAGUGAGAAGAACAAUUACUACCCUAACCGCUUCAACCCUGAUAUACAAUAUAUGGAUAACAAGAGUGUUAAUAGUGCAGGACUUUCUGCUCUCCAAAGAAUCCCCAGACUGAAUAAUCAAGCUGACCAAACAGACUCUUAUUCACAACUACCUCAUAGUGCCAACAUAGCAGGAAAACUGCCAUCAACUGUAUCUCCCUCACAGCAAAAUGUCCUUAGUCCAACGCAAAGCAGUGGUUAUAGCACCAAAAAAAUAGGGAAAAAGCUUAAUAUCCAGCUUAAGAAAGGUUCAGAAGGUUUGGGUUUUAGCAUCACUUCCAGGGAUGUACUAGUUGGUGGCUCAGCUCCAAUUUAUGUGAAAAAUAUCCUCCCAAGAGGGGCUGCUAUUCAAGAUGGUAGACUAAAAGCCGGAGAUAGGCUUGUGGAGGUAAAUGGGUUAGAUUUAACAGGAAGAACCCAAGAGGCAGUUGUUGCCUUGCUACGAAGCACCAAGAUGGGAGGAACUGUGAGCCUUCUUGUCUUUCGUCAGGAAGAAGCCUUCCAUCCAAGGGAAAUGAAUGCAGAACCAAGUCAGAUGCAGAUUGCCAAAGAAACGAAACCAGAAGAUGAAGAUCUUGUUCUUACACCUGAUGGCACUAGGGAAUUUCUGACAUUCGAAGUUCCCCUUAAUGACUCUGGAUCUGCUGGACUUGGAGUCAGUGUUAAAGGUAACCGGUCAAAAGAGAACCAUGCAGAUUUGGGGAUCUUUGUCAAGUCCAUUAUCAAUGGAGGAGCAGCAUCCAAGGAUGGAAGGCUUCGAGUAAAUGAUCAACUGAUAGCAGUAAAUGGAGAAUCCCUGUUGGGCAAGACAAACCAAGAUGCCAUGGAAACACUAAGAAGGUCCAUGUCUACCGAGGGAAACAAGCGGGGAAUGAUUCAGCUUAUUGUAGCAAGGAGAAUAAGCAAAUCCAAUGAGGCAAAAUCACCUGGGAGCCCCUCUGGGCCAGAACUGCCUAUUGAAACUGUACUGGAUGACAGGGAAAGAAGAAUUUCCCACUCCCUCUACAGUGGGAUUGAGAGUCUUGAUGAAUCUCCCACAAGAAAUGCUGCACUCAGUAGGAUAAUGGGUAAAUACCAGCUGUCUCCAACAGUGAAUAUGCCCCAAGAUGACACUGUUAUCAUAGAAGAUGACAGAUUGCCAGUACUUCCUCCUCAUCUUUCGGACCAAUCAUCCUCUAGCUCCCAUGAUGAUGUGGGAUUUGCAAUAACAGAUGCAGGAGCAUGGGCUAAAGCCACAAUUAGUGAUUCAGCAGACUGUUCAUUGAGUCCAGAUGUUGAUCCAGUUCUUGCUUUUCAACGAGAAGGAUUUGGACGCCAGAGUAUGUCAGAAAAACGCACAAAACAAUUUUCAGAUGCCAGUCAAUUGGAUUUCGUUAAAACACGAAAAUCAAAAAGCAUGGAUUUAGGUAUAGCUGACGAGACUAAACUCAGUACUGUGGAUGACCAGAAAACAGGUUCCCCCAGCAGAGAUGUAGGACCUUCGUUAGGCUUGAAAAAAUCCAGCUCAUUAGAGAGUCUUCAGACAGCUGUUGCUGAGGUGACUUUGAAUGGUGACAUUCCUUUCCAUCGUCCUCGCCCGCGGAUAAUCCGAGGACGUGGCUGCAAUGAGAGCUUCAGAGCAGCAAUUGACAAAUCCUAUGAUAAACCUGCUGCAGAUGAAGAUGAUGAAGGCAUGGAGACUUUGGAAGAAGACACAGAAGAAAGUUCAAGAUCAGGAAGAGAAUCUGUUUCCACAGCAAGUGAUCAACCAUCCCACUCUCUGGAGAGACAAAUGAAUGGAAACCAAGAGAGAGGAGAUAAGAGUGAUAGGAAAAAAGAAAAAACUGGAAAAGAGAAAAAGAAAGACAGGGAUAAAGAAAAAGACAAAAUGAAGGUCAAGAAAGGAAUGCUGAAGGGUUUAGGAGACAUGUUCAGGUUUGGCAAACAUCGAAAAGAUGACAAGAUUGAGAAAUCGGGUAAAAUAAAAAUACAGGAAGCCCUUACUUCAGAAGAGGAGAGAAUACGAAUGAAGCAAGAACAGGAGAGGAUUCAGGCCAAAACUCGAGAAUUUCGAGAAAGACAAGCUAGAGAGCGUGACUAUGCUGAAAUCCAUGAUUUUAAUCGGACUCUUGGUGGGGAAGGUGACUCAUCAUAUGCUGGACUGUCUUCCUAUGAAACCUCUAUGAACAGUGGGGCAAUGACUUUCAAUGCCAGGCCCCAGAGCCCCAGAGAAGGACAAACCAUGGAUGCUUUAUAUGCCCAAGUAAAGAAGCCACGAAAUUCCAAACCUUCAUCAGUAGACAGCAACAGAUCAACUCCUAGCAACCAUGAUCGGAUACAGCGUCUGAGGCAAGAAUUUCAGCAAGCAAAGCAGGAUGAAGAUGUGGAAGAUCGAAGGCGGACCUAUAGUUUUGAACAACCCUGGCCAAACACUAAAGUAUAUACCCAGAGUGGAAGACAUUCAGUUUCUGUGGAAGUACAGAUGCAGAGGCAGAGGCAAGAAGAACGAGAAAGCUUCCAGCAAGCCCAGCGCCAAUACAGUUCGUUACCUAGGCAAAGUAGAAAAAAUGCCAGCUCUGUAUCUCAAGAUUCCUGGGAACAGAACUAUUCUCCUGGAGAAGGCUUCCAGAGUGCAAAGGAGAAUCCCAGAUACUCCAGCUAUCAGGGCUCAAGAAAUGGCUACAUGGGAGGGCAUGGAUUCAAUGCCAGGGUGAUGUUGGAAACCCAGGAACUUCUUCGCCAGGAACAGAGGCGGAAAGAACAGCAGCUGAAAAAAAAGCCUCCUUCUGAUGGACCUAACAACUAUGACUCAUACAAGAAAGUCCAGGACCCUAAUUAUGGCCCUCCCAAAGGUCCUUUCCGGCAAGAUGUGCCCCCCUCCCCAUCUCAGGUAGCCAGGUUAAACAGAUUGCAAACCCCAGAAAAAGGAAGACCAUUUUAUUCUUGAGUGGGUGAGGGGGCAUAUACCUCCAUGCAAUGCAAUAAAGGAACAUUUUCCUAUGAACUUGUAUUUGGGAAAGUUUUUAAAAAACUUGAUGGUACUAUGGAAUCUCUCUGUUGUCUGAAUCAGUGCCUUUAGUGAUAUGGGCAAAGGAGUGGUGGGCCUUAAUGUCUUUGCCACUGUCUCAAGUGUUAUUUUCAUGGAAGGAUUUUCCCUCGCCAAUUGACAAUCGUCCUGUUAAGUACGCUAAGCAUCUCCCCUGGGUAUUGACCAUCUUUGCCCAGUCCAUUAGCUGUCAAUGACUCAUUAUUAGGGUUUGCAGCAAUGUGUUCUACUCUGCAGUGGGUUUUUAUUACAACAGACUAUCCAGCCUUGCAGAAUAAAACGAACCUGGAAUUGGGGAUGGUAUUUCUCUAUCUUUCUUUCUUUUAAUUCCUCUUGGGAGACAGGUGAGCCCAAAAGAACAAGAUCUACCAGAAAUUUCAGCUUUAAGCUAUUUCUAAGUGAGAUCAUUUAUGGUACUUUUUGAUCAAUAUUUAAGUAUUGAAAUACGGUUUUCCCUUCUUCAUCUAAUAUUCUUUUCAAGACAAAUCUCCUUUAUUCUAAUUCAAAAACAAAAAUCACACUGUGACACUUUUCAAUUAUGGUAAGGCUCCUUUUACAUUUGUUUUAUAUCACCUAGAAUCUUAUCAAGAAGGAAAGCAUCGAAGACCACAUAUAUUUAUAAAUACAAGUUCCCAAUCAAAUCCAUAGUGACAGUUUGCUUUUUCACUGUCAUUUAUCAUAAGGAAAGAGGACAACAGGGAUGGGAUGUUGGAGGAGGGGCAGCCACAUCUGCUUUCAAAUGCAUUUUGUUGUAUGAAAAAGGUAUUGGGAAAAGAAGGAGAAAGAACUCUCCCAGAAUGUGUUCAGAGUCCAAUAUAUGAUGAUAAGUACUUUAAUUAGUUUUUGUUUUGACAGGUCUGGGAGGGGAGGACCAAGAGCAGGACAAAGAAAUCAGAUAGUCACUUUGGAGAUCUAAAAGCUAAUUUGUUUUCUACCUUUUUUUUUCUGAAGUCUUGUUAUAAUUGACAUUUGGUCUGUAGUUCCUUAUUUAAGAAAAAUCUAUAUUGUGAUACCACAUUUAAAUUUUUUUUUACACGGAUGAAGAAAAUAAAGGAUAUGCCGAAGGAAAUUGUCAUAGAUCCUACCAAAUCCACAUCAGUGUCCAAAAAUGAAAUCACAAAAACAACACGAUUGCUCUUAAUAAGCAUCAUUUUUCAUGUGUACAAUGAGCAGGAGAAUCUCUAAUGCAACAGUUGUUUUUAUAUUUGUGGGUCUGAUCUUCAUGUAUGUAAAACAGAGCUGGGUUGCUAAAGUGCCUGCAAAUCCUGAUGUAAAGGAAGGGGAAGCUUGAGGUUAAAGCUCAGCAUAUCAUGUACAAAAAAUGAAAAAGGGGAGGAUAAAAAGCAGAAUCAUGUAUUGUGGAAUCUAAAAUAUGCCUAUUUUUUUUACUGGCACAUUUUAUUUUUGUGGCUUUCCCCCUCCCUCCCGCUCCCCAAACCUAUGUGAAACUAUGUGAAGCCAGCUUCAUGUACCUGUGUCUUUUAUGCCUAAUUGUUAAUGGUUUUGUUUGUUAAUAAUGUGCGACAGUGUUUAAAAGGUGUCACUAAUGUAAGUACGGUGACAGCAGCUCUUUCACACAGCCAUUGUGCUCUUGUGGGAAACAGCUUUCCCUGUACAUAUGAGACUUAUAAUAAAAGGCUUAUUUCUGUUC